AUGUUACUCCGGCUUCACCAAACUGCCCUUUUGGCAGGAAACCUAGGAUCCAGUGUGCUAAAAGUCUCUGCACGAUGCAGUCGUGGUCUGAAGACAACUGCCUUCCGCCUUUCCUCCGAGGGCACCGUACCAGGAACUCCUUACAAAAACCUCAGCAUCGGUAUCCCCAAAGAGAUAUUUCCAAAUGAAAGGCGAGUUGCAGUUUCCCCGGCAAGUGUGGCCACGUUGACCAAGAAGGGUUUUAAAGUCGCCAUCGAGGAAAACGCUGGCACCGAAGCAAAAUUCAUGAACGAUGACUAUGCAGCUUCCGGUGCUGCCAUUGUUGACAAAUCGGCAAUUUACAAGAAUGAUUUCAUUCUCAAAGUAAGAAGCCCGCUUCCUGAAGAAGUGCCGUUAUUUCAAGACAACACAACACUCAUCAGCUUCCUAUAUCCAGCCCAGAACAAGGAACUUGUAGAUUUGUUGGCCCAGAAGAAACUAACCGUUUUUGCUAUGGACUGUGUUCCCAGAAUCAGUAGGGCUCAGGUUUUUGAUGCUCUCAGUUCAAUGGCCAAUAUUGCUGGCUACAAAGCUGUUUUAGAAGCUGCAAACAACUUUGGAAGAUUUUUCACAGGUCAAAUCACUGCCGCUGGAAAAGUACCACCUGCCAAAGUACUCGUCAUUGGAGGCGGUGUGGCCGGUUUGUCUGCUGUUGGCACUGCCAAAAACAUGGGGGCUAUAGUAAGGGCUUUUGAUACCAGGGCCGCAGUGAAAGAACAAGUCGAGUCAUUUGGUGCAGAAUUCCUGGAAGUCAAUAUCAAGGAAUCUGGUGAAGGUACCGGAGGUUAUGCCAAGACAAUGUCCAAAGAAUUCAUUGAAGCAGAAAUGGCUUUGUUUGCUAAACAGUGUAAAGAAGUUGAUAUUCUUAUCAGUACAGCUUUGAUUCCUGGAAAACCUGCACCAAAGCUCAUUUCAAAGGCAAUGGUUGAAUCAAUGAAGCCUGGAUCGGUCAUCGUUGAUUUAGCUGCGGAAGCUGGCGGAAACAUAGAAACAACCAAACCAGGAGAGUUAUACAGGUACCACGAUGUUACCCACGUUGGUUACACGGAUCUACCCAGCAGACUGCCAACACAAGCCAGUACCCUCUACUCUAACAACAUCACCAAACUCUUGUUCUCUUUUGGUGAGAAGGACCAUUAUCACCUAGACAUGGCUGAUGAAGUAAUCAGGGGUUCCAUUAUCUUAAAUCAGGGUGAACUGAUGUGGCCUCCUCCACCCCCACCUGCUCCUGUUGCUGCAGCUCCAACUGCAGCUGCAGAGAAACCCGCAGCUGUUGAACCCGCUCCUCCAAACUAUUUCAACAACACCCUGAAGGAUGCCUUCAUGUACACUGCAGGACUCAGCUCCAUCAUAGGUCUUGGUAUUGCCUCACCAAACCCAGCCUUCACUACAAUGGUCACAACAUUUGGUUUGUCUGGUAUUGUUGGUUAUCACACUGUGUGGGGAGUCACUCCUGCUCUUCAUUCUCCUCUGAUGUCUGUCACCAAUGCCAUCUCUGGAAUCACAGCUGUCGGUGGUAUGUUGCUGAUGGGUGGGGGUUACAUGCCCUCCACUACCUCUCAGGCCCUCGCCAGCACUGCAGCGUUCAUUUCUUGCAUCAACAUUGGUGGUGGUUUCUUGGUUACCCAGCGCAUGUUGGACAUGUUCAAGAGACCAACUGACCCCCCAGAGUUCAACUACCUGUACGGUAUCCCAGCCGCCGCUUUCCUCAGUGGUUAUGGUUUAACAGCAUACCAGGGUACCUACCCAGACAUCCACCAGAUGACCUACCUGGCCGCUGGUCUUUGCUGUGUUGGAGCCCUUACUGGCCUCUCUUCUCAAAAAACCUCCAGAGUCGGUAAUACCCUCGGUAUGAUCGGUGUCUCGUCGGGUGUCGCUGCCACCCUUGGAAUCAUUAAACCUUCCCCUGAACUCUUCACCCAAAUGGCUGUCACUAUGGGUAGUGGUGGUCUAAUCGGCUCCGUUUUAGCCAAGAGGUUAGAAGUGACGGACCUUCCUCAGAUGGUCGCUCUCUUUCACAGCCUCGUGGGUGCAGCUGCAGUGUUUACUUGUUUUGCUAAUCACUUGGUGGAACAACCUCAUUUUGCCACUGACCCAGCUGCAUCAGUCAUCAAGACCGCCCUCUUCCUCGGAACCUACAUCGGAGGUGUCACAUUCACUGGCUCUCUUGUUGCUUUCGGCAAAUUACAAGGGAUCAUGAACUCUGCCCCCAUCAUGUUGCCAGGCCGUCAUGCUUUGAAUCUUGGACUCCUGACAACCAAUAUUGGUGCUAUGGGUUAUUACAUGAUGACCAAUGACCCUACGUCCAGUAUGCUUAUGCUUGGUACCACUGCUUCCUUGUCCAGUGUUAUGGGACUCACUUUAACCGUGGCGAUUGGCGGUGCUGAUAUGCCUGUGGUUAUUACCGUCCUGAACAGCUACUCUGGCUGGGCUCUGUGUGCUGAAGGUUUCAUGAUGAACAACAACUUAAUGACCAUUGUUGGUGCUUUGAUCGGUUCCUCUGGUGCCAUUCUUUCCUACAUCAUGUGCAAAGCUAUGAACCGUUCCCUUCCGAAUGUAAUCCUCGGAGGCUAUGGAACCAGCUCCACCGGUGGGGGAAAACCGAUGACUAUCACAGGGACACACACGGAAAUCGAUGUUGAAGGAACUACCGAACUGAUUGCUAAUGCCAAAGAUAUCAUCAUUGUCCCCGGUUACGGCUUGUGUGUGGCCAAGGCUCAGUACCCCAUUGCUGAGAUGGUCAGUCUCCUUACAAGCAAAGGCAAGAAUGUCCGUUUUGGAAUACAUCCCGUAGCAGGAAGAAUGCCCGGUCAACUGAACGUUUUAUUGGCUGAGGCUGGAGUGCCUUACGAUAUUGUCCUUGAGAUGGAUGAGAUCAAUGAUGAUUUCCCUGAGACCGAUUUAGUAUUGGUUAUUGGUGCCAACGAUACCGUCAACUCGGCUGCUGAAGAUGAUCCAAAUUCCAUCAUUGCUGGCAUGCCAGUCUUGCGUGUCUGGAAGUCAGAACAGGUCAUUGUUAUGAAAAGAAGUUUGGGCGUAGGAUAUGCCGCUGUUGACAAUCCAAUCUUUUUCAAGCAAAAUACAUCCAUGUUGUUGGGUGAUGCCAAGAAGACGUGUGAUGCUCUCCUCCGCAGAAUGAGCACUCAUUAUGAAUCAUAACUGCAGUAGCUGUUAGAGCAACGAUGUUUAUAAUUAAAAUAUAUAUAUAAGUAAUGAGUCAUAGAAUAUGCAUGCAUGCGUGUCUGUCUGUGGUUUGCCACCACAGCCGAGUAGAGCACGAAUCUACCUUACUUUCUCUGGUCUGUUGAAACUUAGGAGCUAAAAAAGAGAGAAUGCAGUAAAAUACUUGAAUUGAACAAACACACACACACUGUCUCUGUCAAUUUGGUGUCUGAAAUUGUUUGACCCCUUUUUUUUUUUUUUUUUUUUUCCUAAAUAAAUAUAAAACUAUAGAGAAAGAGAGAUUGUUUUUUUUUUUUUCUCCUUCUCCAAUAUGAAGGAAUUUGCAUAGAAAAAAAUGAAGAUAAAAGGGGCUUCAUGAGCCCUUGAAUCUUUCUCCAAUAUGAAGGAGUUUGCAGAGAAAAAAAUGAAGAUAAAAGGGGCUUCGUGAACCCUUGAAUCUUUCUCCAUAUACUUUUUUAGGCUUCAAAAGCCCUUUCUCCAAUAUGAAGGAGUUUGCAGAGAAAAAAAAUGAAGAGGAUAAAAAGGGCUUCAUGAGCCCUUGAAUCUUUCUCCAUAUUUUUUCUUUGGCUUCAAAACCCCUUUCAGAAAAACAUCUGCAGAAGAGUUCUUUCUCUUCCUUCCUGUUUCUCCAUAUCACCAGCUACUUCAUGUUUGUGCUUUAAAAAAAGAAAUUUAAAAACGUAACCAAACAAAAAAGACUGCAAGUAAAAUACACCUAAUCUCUCACAGGGAAGCCAAGUCCACCUUGGCUUCUUCCCUCAAUGUUCUAUCACCAACCUUCUUUAGUGUAUUUGUGUGUUGCAGAAUAUUUACAAAUUAGAGAAAAUUGUUAAAAUUAAAAGGAGGAGAUUUAAUAUCUUCAGAGUUUUCCAUCACGGUUUAAAAGAGAAUGAAAGUUAUGAAAGAUAAGUCAAUUUUUUUUUUUACAAAAUGGUAAAUAAAGGCAAAAAAAGGGAACUCACCAAGAUUUAAUUUUUUAAAAGUUUUUUCUUUGGCCCACACCCUCGAAGUUGACUCGGUAAAAACAAAACAAAACAAACAACAAAAAUCUAUUGAUUUAAAAAAAUAAAAACAAAAUUAAUACCUGA